UGUGACAACAGGAAGCCGGAAUGUCAACAGUGUGAGGAUGCUGCUGUGGCUUUGACGCUUUUCAAUUCUUCAAUCACUAUUUUUAAGGACGCAGACUACAAUGACUUCCAUUAUAAAAGAAACACAAAGCAUAAAAGAAGCAGUGACUUUCAUCAAUGCAAUUGAUGUGAAUAAGUUCUCCAGACUGAUCUCCCGCAUCAUACAGAAGCUUCAUCUGAAGGGAGAGCGGACGUUCAGUGAGGAAGAGGAGGAAAAACUCCAGGCUGCUCUCUCAUUGGAUAAAAAUGCUCUCAACCUAGUCUUGGAAACUUCUGCCUUUAUAUUAGAGCAAGCAGUGUAUCAUAAUGUAAAGCCAGCCUCUUUGCAACAACAGCUGGAGAUGGUCCAUCUAACCCCAGAGAAGGCUGAGGUGUUCUCUCAGACCUGGGCAACUACUGGACCCGAACUGGUGGAGAAACUGAAAUGUAAUUUGUUUGCCCCGAAGAAGCUGGAGUAUGUUGGCUGGCAGUUGAACCUGCAGAUGGCUCAGUCCAGCCAUGCCAGACUGAAGUCUCCCAGUGCUGUCCUCCAGCUGGGGCUCCAGGGUGAAGACUCUGAGGUUCAGGAAAAUGUCUUCGUUGAGUUUAACCACCAGCAACUGCUUGAUUUGUACAACAAGCUCGAAAUCGUCCAAGGACAGCUGGAUUCCCUGACAUGAUGCCUUUUGGACUUUGUACAGCCACACACACACACACACACAGACACACUCAAGCACACGAACUAUAUGUUAAUGGUGUUUUUGCUGACAGCCAUGCAGCUGUUAGAGGCCUAGCAAUUAAAUUUUGUGCUCUGAUUUAUUUGAGAAAUAUGUCAAGUUUGAAGAAAUGAGUUCCCUUUUGAACUCCUUUUUGCACUCAUUACUCAGAGCCUGGAUUUUAUAGCGGGAAAUUACCCCAAAUUCAUCAGUAUGAGUUGUACUUGAACAAGUUUGUUUAAUAACGUUUUCUCCACCCUCUAGUAAAUUAAUGCUUGCUUUCCUUAUACAUUCCUUAUAACAAGAUGUAGAUGAUGAAAAUGUGCCAACAGUCAUUUAGCUUCAAGUUUCCUUUGUACUCUCAAAAAAAAAAAAAAAAAAAAAAAAGGAAAUUAAAUGUCAAAAUGUCUUUUGAACUACAACAAAUACAUUGUGUAGCUUGAAGAAUGAACUACUCUCCAUGGCAUUCUAAUAAAAUCUGAAGUGGAGGUGAAAUCCA